GCUGCUGCCGCUGCCGCCCGACUGUUGGGGUGCGGAGAGCGGCUGCUGCAGGACCUGCGCAGGGAGGGGCCCGGCCCCCAGACGCUGCAGGAGCCGCGCUGGGAGCCUCGGCGCCUGUGAGAGCCGCCAGCAGCCCAGCUCCGGACGCGGGGGUAUUAGAAGUGGAUACAUAAUGUGCUCUGCUUUGAGCCCGAAGGUACGCAGCGGUCCUGGCCUCUCUGAUAUGCAUCAGUAUAGCCAAUGGCUGGCCAGCAGACAUGAAGCUAAUUUGCUACCAAUGAAAGAAGAUCUCGCCUUGUGGUUAACCAAUCUAUUAGGGAAAGAGAUUACGGCAGACACCUUUAUGGAGAAGUUGGAUAAUGGUGCUUUGCUCUGUCAACUUGCAGAAACUGUGCAGGAGAAAUUCAAAGAGAGCAUGGAAGCUAACAAGCCCACAAAGAGUCUUCCCUUGAAGAAGAUUCCAUGCAAAGCCAGUGCACCCUCAGGCUCCUUUUUUGCCAGAGACAAUACAGCAAAUUUCUUAUCCUGGUGCCGAGACUUAGGGGUGGAUGAAACUUGUCUAUUUGAAUCGGAAGGUUUGGUCCUCCACAAGCAACCCAGAGAAGUGUGCCUUUGUUUGCUAGAGCUUGGCCGGAUUGCAGCCAGGUAUGGUGUGGAACCUCCUGGUUUGAUAAAACUGGAAAAAGAGAUUGAACAAGAAGAAACACUCUCUGCCCCUUCUCCUUCACCUUCUCCCUCAUCAAAGUCUUCUGGAAAAAAGAGUACGGGGAACUUACUGGAUGAUGCAGUGAAACGAAUUUCUGAGGAUCCUCCUUGCAAAUGCCCAAACAAGUUCUGUGUGGAGCGGCUCUCCCAAGGAAGAUACCGAGUUGGAGAAAAGAUCCUUUUCAUUAGGGGUCUUCAUGGUUGUGACUAUGUCUCCACAGCCAAAGCAAGGCAGACGUUGAAGAUGCUGCACAACAAACAUGUCAUGGUCCGCGUGGGAGGAGGAUGGGAAACUUUUACUGGGUAUUUGUUGAAACACGACCCCUGCCGAAUGCUACAGAUCUCUCGUGUAGAUGGCAAAACAUCCCCCAUCCAAAGCAAAUCUCCAACACUUAAGGACAUGAAUCCAGAUAAUUACCUGGUAGUCUCUGCCAGUUAUAAGGCUAAGAAGGAGAUUAAGUGAAACAAGUUGAUCACUACAAGGGGACUCUCAUAAUGGCCUGUAUCCACUUCUCCAGUGUAGUCAGUUUAGUUCAUAUGCUCUGAAAACUAUUUUGGAAAAAGGUGUCACAGAGAGAAAAAUGUCAUCAUAUUGAAAGAUAUUCAAAGAGUAGCACUAUAUUUUUAAUGCUUUUGUAGAAAACGACCUAUUCAAAUAAAUUCUAAACUCAAUUUACAUUAGACAAGUUGUAGACAAAUUAUUACUUCUCAAUAUUUGAAUAUUUAGAACACAAAAACAAUAUUAGGAAUACAAGUCUAGCUAAAAGUUGUUAUUAGCAGAAAAUAUUUAAGAUUUACAGUUAAGUCAACAGAAAGUGCCUGCUUUAUGUCUACAGAGUAAAAGCACCCCAGACAUUUUUAUAAUUGUAGGAUUUUUAAGCUAAUUUUUUUUUAAAGUGACAAUUAGUGUGAUAAUGUGCUACUAAAAAAACCCAACAAUACUAUAAAUAAGUAUAGAGGAUUACAACAUUAAGACUUUACUGGAAAGGCCACUUCAGAAAAGUUUACAUUCACUUGGAAGAUUGCCUUAAAGUUUAUCUCUUAUCUAUGACCAAAUAUCUGGGGUACUUUUGGAAGUUUUUAGUAUACCCCCUUAGAGAAUUGCUUGUGAAUUGUUUCACACUUUCCUAAGCACGUGGCUGUGUUUAGAACAAUUUAGUGUAAUUCACACAUAUAAGCUAACAUACAUUUAUAUUUUGACAGAGUAAAUUGUAAAGUCAACUAUUCGACUUCAUAUUAUUUUAAAGCAUUUUCUUAUUAAAAUAUCUCUUUAGUUAAUUCUACUUUGCUAUGCUAUCUAGUAAAGUAAGUUCACUGUAGCCAAUGACGUUACAGACUUAUGUAUACCCUUAAAUACCUGGGACAGGGCUGUUUUCUGCCAAUAAAUGGCAAAAUAUUGUUCUCGCUGAUAUAAGAAUUAAAAGGAUAAAUUUAAAUUUUUUUUUUUUUUUUUUUUUUUUUUUUACCUAUUUCUGUGUCAAUGUCUCAUUCUGAAAUAAAGUUGAUCUUCAAAUGGCA